AGAGUGUAAGAAAUUGCAGGUUCUCGGUUUUUCAUAUAACAAAAAUUCAACAUUAUCUCUUCUUCUUUUGUAGCGUUUACGUCAAGAAUGUUUAAAUCUUGCAAUUUUCUAUAAACCAUGCUUUCGUUUCCUUCCAUUUCACGUAUUUCAGAUUCCAAACUUUGAACCUUUCUCUCUUAUUUUCUCACCAGAUAACUUUUUCAUUCAUAUCAAAUUCUACCUCUCCUUUGAAUUCCUUCUUGUUUAUCGUUUUCACGAAUUCAGUUUUCUGACCGGAAUUUCAUUCUCAUUCAAAUCUGAUUUUGGUUGUUCGUGUUCUUGUCCCCUCUCUCAGUUGGGAUUUGUAUUCAUCAGAAACAAAUCCUGAUUUGGAGAGACGGGUAUGUAUAAAUAACCUUCUUGUUGUUUCUUCAGCUUUAAGGCUUUCAGCUUCUUUCAUUAUAGCUUCUACUACUGUUGUUCUUGUUAUUUUGUGUAUGCAAUUGAAAAAAAAAAGAGGGGAAGUGUUUUAUUUACUAAUGUGGUCUCGGUCUCUGUAGCACUGGAAAGGUUUUAUUUACUAAUGUGUUUCUGGUGUAUGUGAUUCAUACUGUGAGGGUUGUGGUUUAGGAGGGCUUGUGUCUAGGAUUAGUUUGUUUACUAUUUGAUUGUUGGGUUUGAAAUGGGGAAGAAAAAGAAGCAAAUAGGGGAAACAAGUGAAGAGAAUGGGAAUCAUAGAACGGUUGAGGAUAAAAGUCCGAAUGUGUAUGAUAAUGAUACUAUAGUGUUUAUAUCCAUGGCUCAAGAGUUGAAGGAAGAAGGCAACAAGAUGUUUCAGAAGAGAGAUCUUCAGGGGGCUAUGGUAAAGUAUGAGAAAGCGAUCAAGUUGCUUCCGAGUAAUCAUAUAGAUGUGUCGUAUCUGCGUAGCAAUAUGGCUGCGUGUUAUAUGCAGAUGGGACUUGGCGAGUACCCUAGGGCAAUUAAUGAGUGCAAUUUGGCUCUUGAGGUUACCCCGAAAUAUAGUAAAGCUUUGUUGAAGAGAGCGAGGUGUUACGAGGCUUUGAAUAGACUUGAUUUGGCGUUGAGAGAUGUUAGUGCUGUUUUGGUGAUGGAGCCGAAUAAUAUCAUGGCGGUGGAGAUCUCAGAUAAGGUGAAAAGUGCUCUUGAAGAUAGAGGAUUAAGAGUAAAUGAUGCGCAAAUUGAGUUGCCUCCAGAUUAUGUUGAACCUUCUUUUGGUGUCUGUUCUAAUAAGGUAGUGAAAGUAAAGAAAUUCAAGAAGAAGAGCAAAAAAGAGAAGACGACGGCUUCCAAUGAGAUUGUAGAAAAUCAAUCUGAGGAGAAACUUGAGGUAGUGAAAGAAAAUAAACACAAGAAGAAGAGCAAAAAAGAGAAGGCGACGACUUCCAAUGAAAUCCUAGAAGAAAAUCAAGCUGAGGAAAAACUUGACGAGAAGAAAGACGAGGACGUCAUUGCAGCACAUAAGACUGACGACAAUCAUCUCGAAGAGAAAAAAAAGGGUAGUAAAUCUAAAAAGAAGGCGGACAAGGAACAGAUUGAUAAGCAGAAAGAUGAUGUUAAGGAGGUCAAUGAAGAAAAAAGUAAUGAUUUAAACGAAGCCGUACCUAAGAAAACAGUGAAACUUGUUUUUGGCGAUGAUAUAAGAUGGGCUCAAUUGCCAGUUAAUUGCAGCCUCUUUCAGCUAAGAGAAGUUAUUUGUGACCGGUUCCCAGGCCUAGGAGCAGUUCUUGUCAAAUAUAGGGAUCUAGAAGAUGAUUUGAUCACAAUCACUUGUGAUGAAGAACUGAUGUUGGCUGAAACAGGAUCACAGGGUUCCAUCCGACUGUAUAUAGUAGAAGCUAAUCCUAAUUACGAUCCAUUCUACGACAAACUUCACGUGAAGGAAGUUGAAAUUGAUAAUGCUCCUAAGAAUGGCUGUAUGGUGAAAUCAAACGAAAUUAUUAGCUCAUCUUGUAUUGAAGAUUGGGUCAUUCAAUUUGCACAACUGUUCAAGAGUCAUGUUGGAUUUGAAUCUGACAAAUACUUAGAUUUUCAUGAACUUGGGAUGAAGCUCUAUUCAGAGGCUGUGGAGGAGACCGUUACAUGCGAAGAAGCGCAAGGCCUAUUUGACAUGGCAGGAGGGAAAUUCCAAGAGAUGACGGCUCUAGCAUUGUUCAAUUGGGGAAAUGUGCACAUGUCCAGGGCAAGGAAGAAAGUGUAUUUGACUGAUGAUUCUUCUAAAGAGCGUAUGUACGAACAAAUCAAAAGUUCAUAUGAAUGGGCGCAAAAAGAAUAUGCCAAGGCUGGAGAAAAAUUUGAAGCAGCCAUUAAAAUAAAGUCAGAUUUUUAUGAAGGCUUCCUUGCUCUAGGUCAGCAGCGGUUCGAGCAAGCAAAACUUUCCUGGUAUUAUGCACUCAGUAGUAAUAUAGAUUUAGCAACAUGGCCCUCCACAGAGGUUCUUCAUCUUUACAACAGUGCUGAGGAGAAUAUGGAGAAAGGAAUGCUGAUAUGGGAAGAAUCGCAAGAGCAGGAAACGAGCGAAACCUCCGAUAUCGAAUUGAACAGGCUAUUUAAAAAUUUGUCAUCAGAUGAAACUGCUGCACUGACCGCAAACAUGAGGUCUCAGAUAAAUCUCUUGUGGGGUACGAUGCUAUACGAACGGUCGAUUGUAGAAUUCAAAUUAGGGCUACCUAUAUGGCAUGAAUCUUUGGAAGUUGCAAUCGAGAAAUUUGAACAUGCAGGAGCUUCUCCAACAGAUACAGCUGUAAUGUUGAAAAGCCACUGUUCAAAUAACACUGCCGUAGAUGGUCUAGGUUUCAAAAUUGAUGAAAUAGUACAGGCAUGGAAUGAGAUGUAUGAAGCGAAAAAGUUGCAGAAAGGAGUUCCGUCCUUUCGUUUGGAAGCUAUGUUCAAAAGACGAGCGUCAAAAAUUUACCAUGCCUUUGAGCUUGUAUGAGUUGCAUGCUUUUCUUCAAGUUUUUGAAGAAUCACAGGGCCAACACUCACAUAUUUUGCUUCUGUGCUUGAAUUGCUAUUGUCACCAUAAGGUUUGUUUUGCUAUUUUCAGGAGUUUGGUUUCUAGUUCACUUAACACUGUAGUUAUAGAAAAGAAGGGGGAAACACUAUUCUUUGCAUUGUGCUUACAUAGGUGUUCGACGAAUGUAGGAGAUUGCAAGUUCCUUAACAGGUUGGGAAGAUGGAGAUGCAGGAAUUGCUUUUAACUCAAUUUCUGGCUUUGCUCAUUGCCUCCCCUUUUAUUGUUAGGUUUAGGAUGUUUUGAAUUUAUACAGAAAGCAGUGGGAGAUAUGUAUUAGCUGGUUUGUGUUUUAUUUGUAAUUUAUUCAUUUGUAAACUAUUUGUUGAGUUAGUCUUUCUCAUGAGAUCUCCUUGUAUUAGGUUUUUUUUAAAGGAUAAUCAUAGAAGCAUUCAAGAUUGUUUGAGCGAUAGAA